AUGUCAGAGGUGUCCAGUGCCCACCUGGAGGUGCCUGGUGCUCCUGGUCCAGGGGACCCCGUGCCCUGCCCCGUGCACACCUGUGCCCGCAGCUGUGUUCCCUGUCCAGGUGCGCAGGUGGCGCUGAAGCUGCUCUCCAAGGAGCGCACGCCCAGGUGGGGCUUCCUGCGGGAGUUCUGCACUCACCUGUGCCUGCGGGGGGCGCUCACCUGCCUGCAGGUGCUGCCGCUCGCCUUCGAGACCCCCACGGAGUUCGGCUUCGCCCAGGAGCUCGCACCUGCGGGGGACCUGUGUGGGCUGCUCACACCUGGGGUGGGUCUCCCGGAGCCGCAGGUGAAGCGCUGCGCCGCCCAGGUGUGCUCGGCCCUGUCUUACCUGCACGGCCACGCCCUGGUGCACCGCGACCUGAAGCUGGACAACGUGCUGGCCUUCGACCGCGAGUGUCACCUGGUCAAGCUCGGCGACUUCGGCCUGACGCGCGUGCAGGGCUGGCAGGUGCGCCCCGCCCCCGGCCCCGCCCCUUACGCCGCACCUGAGCUGCUGCACCUGCGGGCAGGUGAGGCGCGGCGGCGGCGGCUGGAGCCCGCGGCGGACACCUGGGCGUUCGGCGUGCUGCUCUUCGCGCUGCUCACCGGCGCCUUCCCCUGGGCCUCACCUGCGCGCUCCGACCCCGCCUUCCGCCGCUUCCGGGCGUGGCACGGCCGCACCUGCGCAGGUGAGGCGCUGCCGCGGCCGCCGCGCACCUGGCGGGGGCUGGGGGGGGCGGGGCUGGCGCUGCUGCGGGGGCUGCUCCACCCCCAGCCCGCGCGGCGCUGCCCACCUGGAGAGGUGCUCAGGUACCUGGGCGGGGCCUGGGCGGGGCAGCGGGGACAGGUGAGGGGCACAG